CUUAGCCGGGGGGGGGGUGGCUGCAGCAGGAGGAGGCGGGAGCGGCGCCAGGGAAAAAAAGGGGUGCAAAGUAUAUUUUGUAGGUGGGCGAAAUGUGUUAGGUGCGGGAAGGUGCUUGCCUCCUCUUGGCUGCAGCUGGCCCGCCCGCACGGGACUGGCUGGGCAAGCGGCAACCCCCUCGGGCUAGCCGGCCGUAGAGCGCAGGGCCAGAGGCGUCGGCGAGGGCCACGCCGCCUUUUUCUCUCCAGGGUUGAAUCCUGGGCUGCGGGUGUCAAUGAUGGGAGGAACCGCGGGGCGGGGAGUUCUGGGUUAUCGCAGCCGAGCUUUGGACCCCGUGCAGGAGCCGUCGGCUGGGCGGUGUUAGCAAAAGUGCGCGCGCGCUUGCUGCUCUGUCUCCUUUGCUGUCAAUUCAUACCGUCUGCUGGUUGCACCGCAACACAAGAGAAAAACAGUGAAGCAAAGCAAGGGACUAGCUAGCGUAUUCCCCCCCCAUCACGAAAUUGGUGGUCGAAGAAAGCACCAUCAAGAAAUGGGGAAGGCCUGGAGAUGGGGAAUUGUACUGCAUUCCCUCCGGAGCAGGAGUUGCUUUCUGAUAGUUCCGGUUGGAGGCCUGCGGCUAUAGCGAGUGCCCACUUGUCCCCUCCCUUUUCCUCUCCUUCCCCCCUCCCCUCCCUCCUCAUCUGAAUCUCCCCCCCUCCCCACCACACGUUGUGUACCUGCACUCACUAAUGACAGCGUGGAUCAUCCUUCCCAUCAGCCUCUCUGCCUUCUCAAUCACUGGAAUAUGGAUUGUGUAUGCCAUGGCAGUGAUGAACCACCACGUGUGUCCCGUUGAGAACUGGUCAUACAAUGAGUCCUGCUCUACUGAUCCUGCCAAGCAUGGAUACCCCAAAAGCUGUUGCACCUUGGAGGAUGUCCCUUUGAUCAGUAAAUGUGGCACAUAUCCUCCGGAAAGUUGUCUCUUCAGUCUUAUCGGGAAUGUUGGGGCUUUCAUGGUGGUGGUGAUCUGUUUCCUGCGCUAUGGACUGCUGAUAGAACACAGCCACAGUUCCUGGGUGAACACAACGGCGCUAAUCACAGGCUGUACCAACGCUGCUGGCCUGGUCAUGGUUGGCAAUUUCCAGGUGGACCACGCCAAAUCCCUUCACUACAUCGGAGCCGGUGUUGCCUUCCCAGCAGGGCUGCUUUUUGUCUGCCUCCAGUGUGUCCUCUCCUACCACGUUGCCAUCUCCACCCUGGACUUCUGGAUGGCGCAUCUGCGUGUCUUCCUUACUACUGUGGCCUUAAUUUCCCUUGUCCUGAGUGGCAUCUUCUUCAUCCAUGAGAGCUUCCUCCUGCAACACCUGGCCGCCAUCUGCGAGUGGGUCUUUGUCAUCGACAUCCUUAUCUUCUAUGGCACUUUCACCUAUGAGUUUGGUGCCGUCUCCAAUGACACCAUGGUGGCUGCGCUGCAGCAUUCGAACAGCAGGGGGUGCAAGUCUCCUGGCAGCAGCAGCACCUCCACUCAUCUUAACUGUAACCCUGAAAGCAUUGCCAUGAUAUGAGGCAGAAAGGGGUGGUUUGCUUUUCCAUCCUAUGCUGCAGCUUCAAUAGGCUACCUUUUUUUCCCCCAAUGGGGGAAGAGGGGCGCCUUUUUUUCCUCCUGAUGGUUUUAAUUUUGUACCAAAAGAUUUUUUUUUAAAAGGAAGUAUUAUGGCUAUAAUCACCACUCCACACCGUCCUUGCUCAGUGCCACCAUUUAAGGAGGAAGAGACAGUGCCUGCUUCUCUAAAAGCCCUGCACAGAAAUUGUUCUGGGAGGGGGCAGAACUCUCAAAACAGCCCCCACCUGUACCUUGCAUCAUGGUGACCUUCCCUGCCUCUCGGCUGACAGCUAGGCUUGCUGUAAAGUAGCCUUCCCCAAGCUGCUGCCUUGCAGGUGUUUUGGACAACAGCUCCCAGUUCCAGCCAGGGAUGUAGGGGCGGGGUGUGUGUUUCUAAGACUCCUUACUUUUUUGGGAGCAGGGUCCCUGUGUCUCCAGCAUCCUAUGAGCCUAUCAGCAUGAUGGGUGGGUGGGUGUUCGCCACUGAGGAGGCUUCCAACAUGCUUCCUUGCUGAUUAGUGCCAGUCAGAGGGAAAGGAGGUGAGUAAGCCACUGGUAAGACUCUUUUCAGUAGCCAAUACUCCCCUUUCAUGCUUUUUGGUUCCUGGGGCUGUCUGUUGUUGUGGGAGAAGGCGUUAACAAGGAUCUCAUUCUUAACCCAGCAGCAAAAAAGGAAAAAGGGGGGAGGGUGUGUUGCUGUGACUAGAACGAAGGGUCCCUGCACUUCUGAAUUUGCCACUACACUACUGCUCUUAACCAGUAUGGCCGUAUGAUGCUGAGGCAGAUGGGUUGUAGUCCAAAACACCUGCAAGGCAGCAACUUGGGGAAGGUUGCUAUAGAGCCUGAACUCUUGCCGCCCCUCGGGGCCAGCGACUCAGUGCCAAAGGAAACCUCUGUGUCCAGACUCAUUCAUAAGGAGACUGACUGUAGUGUCCCACACAUGCAUGGGAGACUGUUUGGGUGCCUGCAGACGAUUGCGUCUCACUGCCGUUCCUCACCUACUUUUCCUUUUAGAGUGAUAGACCUACAAGAGCUGCUUUUUAGCAAGAGGGCAGGGAACAAGUGGCUUUAGUUAAUGAAGGAUGGCCCCUACCCUUCGGGAGACCCCCCCCCCCA